CUCUGGCUCUGGCUCCAAGUCCCUGUCAUGUAGCCUUCUCAUUCACGAGAAGAGCUUCUCACCCUUCCCUCCUCUCAUUCACAACCCUGCAUCACCAAAACUAGACCAAAAGAAAAUGACAGAGAAAAAACAAUCCACAUGCACCCUUUUUAAUAUUUUACGAUACAAAAAGAUGUUUGCUACUGCACAAUAAUAGCAUUACCACCCCUCCCUAAUCCAUUGCUUUGCUUCCAAAUUUUAGACUUCCUUUCCUUGCAGUGCAUAGUUUGUAUGAUUCAACCUCUUCACCACCAAAUCCACCCUAUAUUUCUUGCUUCUCUUUCCCAGUCCCUCAACUUUAUUCCACCCCGGUAGUCUCUCUUAUAGCUUCUUUCUCUCCUCCUUGCACUUUCUUAUCCCCCCUGUAAUCUUCUUCUUUCUUGCUGGAUUUCUCCAUCAGAAUCCCGAAACCCUUCCCUUCCCUUCACGUUCGGAUCCUUCUUUUCUUCACCCGCGGGAAAGAGGAGAGAGUCAGGGGAUGACGAGGCUCUUUCGAUCCAAAUCUUGUGGACUCCUGGGAACGACAGAGUUCAACAGGGCUCAGCCGAGACCUCUCUUCCACAUUUCUGCCAACGACUGCAUCGACGUGGUAGAGUACGACGAGGAAGAAGAAGAAGAGGAGGAGGAGGAGGAGGAGGAGGAAGAAGAGGAGGAGGAGGAGGAGGAAGAGGAGGAAGAGGAGGAAGCGGAAGAGGAAGACGAAUACAUGGGAAAGAAUGGAGGCGGUGGAGGAAGAAAGUGGGAGAGGCAGCAGCAGAUGCCGAUACUGGACAUUCUGGUGGGAGUGUUGAGGAAGUCGCUGGUGACAUGCAGCGUGGAGAGAGACGAGCUCUCCUCCACUGACAUCAGCUGGCCUACAGAGGUCCGCCACGUCUCCCACGUCACUUUCGACCGCUUCAAUGGCUUCCUCGGCCUCCCCACCGAGCUCCGGCCGCACCUCCCUCCCAAGGUCCCUAGUGCCAGUGCCAGCGUAUUUGGAGUUUCUGCCAAGUCAAUGCAGUGUUCAUAUGAUGAGAGAGGGAACAGCGUACCAACAAUUCUUCUAAUGAUGCAAAGGCGACUAUAUGCGGAAGGAGGGUUGAAAGCAGAAGGAAUAUUCAGAAUAAAUGCAGAGAAUAGUCAAGAAGAGUACGUAAGGGAACAGCUCAACAAAGGUGUUGUGCCUCAUGGAAUAGAUGUUCACUGUUUGGCUGGUUUAAUUAAGGCAUGGCUCAGAGAGCUUCCAACGGGGGUUCUUGAUUCUCUCACACCGGAACAAGUUAUGCACUGCAACACAGAAGAAGAGUGUAGUCGGCUAGUAAAAUUACUCCCUCCAACAGAAUCAGCCCUGCUUGACUGGGCCAUCAACUUGAUGGCCGACGUGGUGCAGCAUGAGACACACAACAAGAUGAACGCGCGGAAUAUCGCCAUGGUUUUUGCACCCAACAUGACUCAGAUGGCCGAUCCCUUGACUGCAUUGAUUCAUGCAGUGCAAGUGAUGAACUUCCUCAAGACGCUCAUCUUAAAGACACUCAGAGAGAGGGAAGAAACAGUUCGCAAGGUCAGGUUGCCUCUGCUGUCCUUGAAUUGUCCGAGCAAUGAAAUCAUCGACCAUCCCGCAAUGAUCUCAGACGGACACAGAUCUCAUGAUCAAACUCCGGGUGCUCGUUUAGUCGAGGGGCCAGUGGCAAUGAAUCACUUGAACGGCGGCACAUUGGAUGAGUUGGAAACAUCAACAAAGAAGGGAUCUGCAGGAUGCCAAACGGGAAGUGUCAAAGAGGAGGAGAUGGAGUCGUCAAGUAGCGGCACCGUGGCUAGGUUGGAGGCUGGAGACGUAGAAGAUGGGAGCGGGGACUGGCUGAGUUUGAGAAAAGGAGUGAGGAAGUUGUGCAGGCACCCGGUGUUCCAGUUGAGCAAGCCAGCGAAGAAGACGAGAAGUUACGGGACUGUAAAUAGUAGAGGAGGUGGGGAAGGAGAAACUUGGGCAUGAGAUGUAAGCGUUGGUACGUGUGUCAGUUCAUUGCCGUUUGUAUUGUGUAAGUAAUAUGAGUAGCCAAAGAUACAAAACGUGGGAAUGCAGUAAUUUAGAGAAGCUGUGUGUAA